UGCCAAAAAUCGAGUAUGAAAAAAAAUCUUUUACCGGAAGUAAAGUAAAAUAUUUCCCGCGAAUUUCAACACGUGACACAGACCCAACACAAAACAACGAAAACACAGAGAUUGAACCUUUACAGUUGACAACCCAAAAAUGUCUGAACCAUUGACACCUCGUAGAAGUAAACGGGGGAGGACAUCAGAGCCUACUUCUCCAACAACAGAUGAAAAUGCUAAAACUCCAACCAGAAAAAGUUCAAGAUCCAGUGCAACAACACCCUCAUCAACAAGAGGAAGUGCAAGAAAAAGCAAACCUGAGAAAGAAAGAGAUGAAACCUCCUCACCCCCAUCAAAACGUAGAAUGGAUAGUUCUCCUGGUGCUGACCUUCGACCUCUGCCUUCCUCUCCCCCAUCUGGACCACCAGCUGAGGACACCUCCCUGUUUUCCAGUCCACCUCAAUCUAGAGCAGCUCCUACCAGUGAAAUAGAUUUGAGUUCACCCCUUAAUUAUGGAACACCAGGAUCAAGAGGUGGUCCCCGUACCCCUGGAGCCGCUGCCACACCCAUCAGAACAAGACCAGAUGUCAGAAGUGACAGGAAGCUCCGACAAGUUACAAUUGGAGGAUCAGAUCCAAGUGAACCAACAAAAAUCACUAGUGAUAUUACCAGUGAUCCAAAUGCUGGUCCACAACUGGUCAUCUGGGGUACGGACGUUGUGGUCAGUCAGUGCAAAGACAAGUUCCGAAGGUUCAUCACCAAGUAUGUGGACAAGAACGUUGCUGGUGAUGAACAGUUUGAUGGAAUGGAUAUCAAUGAACCAUACUACAUACAGAGGCUGGAGGAGAUUAGUGUUAUUGGUGAGCCAUUCCUGAACUUUAACUGUGAACAUCUCCGUGAGUUUGACGCUGAACUAUACCGCCAGUUAAUCUGCUACCCACAGGAAGUGAUACCCACAUUUGAUAUGUCUAUCAAUGAAAUGUUCUUUGACAGAUACCCUGACACUGCAUUGGAACACCAAGUACAAGUCAGACCAUAUAAUGCUGCUCUAACUAAAAAUAUGAGAUCUCUCAACCCUGAAGAUAUUGACCAGUUGAUAACAAUAGGAGGAAUGGUGAUCAGAACAACAGCUCUGAUCCCUGAGAUGAGGGAAGCUUUCUUUAAAUGUUAUGUAUGUGGGACCACAGCAUCUGUAGAAAUUGACAGAGGAAGGAUUGCUGAACCAACUCUUUGUACCAACUGUAAUACAAACCAUUCUUUUGCUCUGGUACAUAACAGAUCACAAUUUACAGAUAAACAGAUGAUAAAACUUCAGGAAUCCCCAGAGGAUAUGCCAGCUGGACAGACACCUCACACAGUAAUACUGUAUGCACACAAUGACCUAGUAGAUAAGGUACAACCUGGUGAUCGAGUCAAGGUCACAGGUAUCUACAGAGCAACACCUCUUCGUGUCAACCCAAGAAUGAGAAAUGUCAAAUCAGUUUACAAGACACAUAUUGAUGUAGUUCACUUCCGUAAACUCGAUGCUAAGAGAUUGAGAGAAAGUAAUAAUGAUGAGGAUGAUCAGAAAGAUGCUAACUUGAGUGAAGAAAGAGAAGAAUUCUUAAAGAAACUGUCUAAAAAGUCUGAUAUAUAUGAGAGAUUAGCUAGAGCAAUUGCUCCAAGUAUAUAUGAAAAUGAAGACAUAAAGAAAGGAAUAUUGCUACAGCUCUUUGGUGGAUGCAGAAAAGAUUUCACAAAUUCAGGAAGAGGAAAAUUUAGAUCUGAAAUGAAUAUAUUACUGUGUGGUGAUCCAGGUACAAGUAAGUCUCAGCUUUUACAAUAUGUUCAUCAUCUGGUACCCCGUGGACAGUAUACAUCAGGAAAGGGAUCCAGUGCUGUAGGUCUGACUGCAUAUGUGACUAAAGACCCAGAGACCAGGCAGUUGGUACUGCAAACGGGUGCCCUUGUGCUGAGUGACAAUGGUGUUUGUUGUAUCGAUGAGUUUGACAAAAUGAAUGAUAGCACCAGAUCAGUUCUUCAUGAAGUUAUGGAACAACAAACUUUGUCCAUUGCCAAAGCAGGUAUCAUCUGUUCACUGAAUGCCAGAACAUCUAUCUUAGCAGCUGCCAACCCUGUAGAAUCUCAGUGGAAUAAGAAUAGAACCAUUACUGAAAAUAUACAACUGCCACAUACUUUGUUGUCAAGGUUUGAUCUUAUUUUCCUGAUAUUGGACCCACAAGAUGAAAUGUAUGACAGACGUCUAGCCAGUCACUUGGUUUCCCUGUACUUUCAAAGUGAGGAAGAAGAACAUGAAGAUCAAAUGGACAUGGGCAUUCUUAAAGACUACAUAACAUAUGCCAAGAGAUUUAUUAACCCUAAAAUCAGUGAGGAAGCAGGUCAAGCAUUUGUGGAGGCUUAUGUCAUGAUGAGGAAGGUGGGAAGUGGGCGUGGUCAGAUAUCUGCCUACCCUCGACAGCUUGAAUCUCUAAUUAGGUUGGCAGAGGCCCAUGCAAGGAUGAGAUAUUGUACCACAGUAGAACUUGCUGAUGUUGAAGAAGCCAAAAGGCUGUACAAAGAAGCACUUAAACAAGCAGCUGUGGAUCCAUCCACUGGCAAGAUAGAUGUUACAAUUUUGACUACAGGUAUCAGUGGAGCUGCCCGUAAACGAAAGGCAGAAAUAACACAGUCGCUGAAGAAGCUCAUCAAAGAAAAAGGGAAAGUCCCAACUCUCAAACAGCCUAAACUGCUUGAGGAAUUUAAAGAAAGAUCAGACUUUCCUGUUACUAAAGACAUGUUUGAGGAUGCAUUGAAAGAGUUACAAGAUGAAGAUUUCUUAAUUGUCACCAACAAGUUGAUCCGACUGUGCCAAUAGACAAUGUCAAUUUUUGUACAAUUUACCAAAUACCACUGUGUUCUAAGAAAUUUUGGGAUCACUUGCAGUAUAAAAUUGUGUUCCAAAUACCGAAAUGUGUUCAGGAAUUCAUGGUCAAAAUUUCAGAUUUGACAAUUAUACAAAAAUUAGGUGCACUAGCAAAUAUGACUUGUUUGAAUAUACUAUCAUUUAAUAUAUUGAAAUGGACACUCUUCAGCAAAUUUUUAAAUUGAUUAUGAAGAAAUUGAAAUUUUUAAGAAUUUCACAUUCGUUAGCCAAAUAUUUGAAACAAACAAGCAUGUACAAUGUUAGUAUAUUACUUAGUGCCGUUUACAAACAUGAUAAUAUGUAAUAAAUGGACAGACAAAUAAAUAUAAUACAAUGA